ACAAGGUUGACCUAGGCCGGAUUCCCCAGGCCCAGCGCCUUACAGCCCUCUCUGUAUUGUGGAAGCGGACACAUUGCAAUCAUGGCGCCGGACGAAUUCUGAAAUGUCUGCGCGAACCACCCAAUAGCACAAACAGCGCAGUAUACGUUCACUGAUAUAAGUCAAGGCCUUUGAUCAUCCAUCUGCAUAUUAUCUGCGUAGUGGUUUUGCUGCGCCAUGUUUAUCCCCAAAGUCCCCACCAAGGAUUCGCCUGAUUCGUUUGAAUUUUGGUGGAAAAUGUUCAUCAGCGCAUUCCUGGUCCUUGCAGGAGGCGUCUUCGCAGGAUUAACACUGGGUCUCAUGGGCCUUGAUGAACUUCAUCUUCGUGUGUUGGCUACCUCAUCGGAAGAUAAGGCGGAACAGAUAAAUGCACAUAUCGUAUUGAACCUUAUGCAAAAGGGUCGUCACUGGGUUCUGGUGGUACUUCUUCUCAGCAAUGUGGUGAUCAACGAGAGCUUGCCUAUCUUUCUUGACAGCGCGAUUGGAGGAGGUUUACUUGCUAUAGUAAUUUCAGCUACUGCCAUCGUUAUUUUUGGAGAGGUUAUACCUCAAGCAGUUUGCGCGAGACACGGUCUCGCCAUCGGCGCACGAUGUGCACCAUUCGUUCUCCUUUUGAUGUACCUAUUUGCACCUGUCGCAUAUCCAAUCGCAAAAAUUCUCGACCAUGCCUUAGGAGCUCAUGAUGCGCACACCUACAAGAAAGCUGAACUUAAAUCCUUUCUCCAAUUUCACCGUACUGGCGAAGAGCCUUUGCGCGAUGAUGAGAUCGGCAUUCUCAAUGGCGUCCUGGAGCUCAGCAGCAAGAACGUGGAGACGAUCAUGACUCCUAUUUGUGACGCUGUCACGUUGAGCUCGGAUACAAUUCUUGACCACUCCACUGUUGACGCUAUCCUCGCCAGCGGCUACUCCCGGUUUCCUGUGCACAAGGCAGGAAAUCCGCUUGCGUUUCAGGGUCUACUUUUGAUCAAGAAGUUGUUGACGUACGACCCUGCGCAAGGGCUCCCAGUCUCGCACUUUCCUCUGUCCAUUUUACCUGAGGCCUUGCCAUCAAUCAACUGUUUCCAAGCGCUCGACUAUUUCCAAACAGGGCGCGCCCAUUUAUUAUUGAUAAGUCGGACACCAGGUUCGCCUGGCGGCGGAAUUGGUGUGAUUACUCUGGAAGAUGUCAUCGAGGAAAUUAUUUCAGAAGAGAUCGUCGAUGAGACUGAUCAGUACGAGGACAAUCAGAGCAAGCGGCAUGCCAAUCGCAUGAUCAAUGCGACUGUCAUGAGAGACAUCGUUGAACGGGAGAGAAGUAUAUUCACGCGGACAUCCACCAUCGAACCUCCCCAAGUGCCUUCUGUGAAUAUCGAGACCAUGCCCCUCCUUCCUGGGCCAAACCAGGAUGACUAUCCUCAGGCUUACCGUUAUGUUUAUGAUUCGAUCGGUGAAUCAGAACACUAACAUCAACUUGAGGAUGUUAUUCAUCCCUUCACGUUGCAUGAAGAAUCUAUC